CCCCACCGCAUGGACCAUAAAGCCGCGCGAAGAACAAUUGAAGUGCUGUUGCUGCUUGGCUUGGCUUUGCUCCGUAAUCCGCCUCCCUCCUUCGAUUAGGGUUUUCUGAAUCUUCUUUUCACGAUCCCCAUCCAUAGGAUAUUCACGGAUCUUUUCUAGUUCUUCCCUUGUAUAUAUAUAUAUAGAAAGGAAGAGAGAUCACGGUGGUUAGAUCUGAUCUGAUCUGAUCUACAACUGGAACUGGAACUGGAACUGGAAGAAGCCCCCUCCCUUUCCCAUCAUUUCACUUGUAAACUAAACAAAUAAGAUUUUAAUUGAAGAUUGCAGCAGGAGAAAAAGAUGGCGACUGCAGCUCAGGUACGCAACUUUCCUCCUAUCUCCUCAAAGCACUACAACAAUCACUUCAUCCAAAAUCAUCGCCAUCUUUCUGAUCAAUCACCACCCUCAUCCUCACUUGUAUCCUUCCCUCAUUCUUCGUCUCCCUCUACGCCUCCUCUCCGCACCCAAACCCCCUUCCUCCCCAAAAAAUUCCAUUUUUCAUGUGCCGCUGGCGGCAAUAGCAGCGACGGCGUUGGACGGGGAACUGGCGGCGGUGGCGGCGGCAGCGGUGGCUGGGACUCAACUGAAAAUUCCGAUGAUUCAUCGCCAUCGUGGGUUGGACCCAUUGGGGCAUUUCUGAAUGGAUGGAGAUCUAGAGUUGCCGCAGAUCCCCAAUUCCCUUUCAAGGUUCUCAUGGAGGAAUUGGUGGGUGUAACCGCUUGUGUUAUUGGGGACAUGGCCUCCCGCCCUAAUUUCGGUCUCAAUGAGCUUGACUUCGUCUUCUCCACUCUGGUUGUUGGUUGCAUUCUCAAUUUUGUUCUUAUGUAUCUCUUGGCUCCCACCAUGUCUGUUUCCACCCCAACCCUCCCUUCCAUUUUCGCCAGUUGCCCCGCCAGCCACAUGUUUGAACCUGGACCCUAUGGUCUUAUCAGUCGACUUGGAACUUUUGUCUAUAAAGGUGUACUCUUUUCUGCUGUGGGUUUCGCUGCGGGACUUGUUGGAACUGCCAUCUCCAAUGGACUGAUUAAGAUGAGGAAGAAGAUGGAUCCCAAUUUUGAGACACCUAACAAGGCUCCGCCUACCAUUUUGAAUGCAGCCACCUGGGCAAUCCACAUGGGUGUGAGCAGUAACUUGCGAUACCAAACUUUGAAUGGGGUGGAGUUUUUGCUAGCCAGUUUGUUUCCACCUGUAUUGUUUAAGUCGUCGGUGGUGGUUCUUAGAUGCUUGAACAAUGUUCUUGGAGGAAUGUCCUUUGUGAUAUUGGCAAGAUUGACGGGAGCUCAAAGCGUGGGUGAAAAGAAGCAGCUGGUUACAGAUGAAGCUGGAUUAGCUGCAGAGAAGGAGAAGUUGAUUAAUGGGAGCGAGGAGGAUUCUUCAAGUAAUCAAUCUGCUUGAAAGUAAUUUCAUUCAUCUCAAUGGCUGUGCUUCACAAAUGUCUACUUCUUCUUCUUUUUUUUUUCUUUUUUUUCCGGAUACAACUCUCUCAUGUUUAUCUAUGAAUAAACCCACAUUUGGUGGUUCCCCUGGUACUGCAGAAGAAACAAACUUCCGGCAUGAACAAGACCGUUGUGAGAUUUGAUGAUCUAAUGGCUAAUGGUUGGGUUAGGCUUGUUA